AGACGUCAAAUACUUGGUCAAGUUGCACGCAAUUGUUUCAGUUCUCUAGAACAAUUUCUUUUGCGACUAACAGUUCUCAGAUAAACAUUUCACAAAGAUGAUAAGCCAACGUUACUGUAAACGAUUCACCUUGAAGAUGGUAAAUCAUCCAUUAAGCUCUGCGUCGGAAUGUGAAACGGUAUUGAUGAACAAAUGCCAACGUGCAUUGGACGAUGGAACGAAAAAGGAUCCAGUUGAAAAAUUGCGUUUGCUAUGUUUGGCACAUGGUACAUCUGGUUUCGUGGGCUUGGGUCGUGCUUUUCGUCGAAUGGACGAUGAUGGUAACAAACAACUUUCACUCGAGGAAUUUACAAAGGGACUUCACUACCUACUGAUGGAAGUAACCGAUGAAGAAGCUAAAAAUAUUUUCAAACGUUUUGAUACCGACGAAAAUGUUUCGAUCAAUAUGUCGGAAUUUUUGAUCAAAAUCAGACCUCCAAUGUCGCAAAGCAGACGAAACAUAAUUGGUGUUGCAUUCAAAAAGUUGGAUAAAACUGGUGACGGGCAAAUUACCAUCGACGAUUUGAAACAUGUGUAUUCGGUACUUCACCAUCCGGAAUAUACUUGUGGUGAUCAAACAGAAGAGCAAAUUUUGGAUCGCUUUUUGGCAAAUUUUGAAGUUGGCGGUGUUGUAGAUGGUCAUUGGUCUAACUCUUUGGCUUCAAACAGUCGUGUCACCGAAGAAGAAUUUUUCAACUAUUAUGCUGGCGUCAGUGCAUCAAUCGAUAACGAUUUAUACUUUGAUUUAGUCAUGCGACAAGCAUACAAGUUGUAAACAUUGUGUGCAAUAUAAAUCCAUAUUUAAUCAACAUUGACACAAUAACCAUUACUAAAGUCACUAAC